AUGUCGAUCCACGCCAACGCCGAAUCCCCCUCCCGUUCUUUCAACAACAUCCCCUACCUCACACGAUCCGAUCUUCAAGCCGCCUGUACCGCAAUCCUCAAUCCACUCAAGCCCCUCUUCACAGAAGCCAACACACGCAUCAAAGUCGGAACAUCGACAACACGUUUCGAUGAAGGCGGUGCACAGAUAGAAGGCUAUGCAAGACCACUAUGGGGUCUUGCGUCGCUCUUAGCAGGCGGGUAUGAAUACGAUGCCGAAAACUGGCGCCAGGGACUCAUCAACGGGACGAACCCGUCGCACCGUGAGUUCUGGGGCGACAUUGAAGAUCUAGACCAGCGAAUGGUGGAGAUGUGUCCCAUUGGAUUUGCUUUGGCAGUUGCACCGGAGGUGUUUUGGGAUCCGUUGAGUGAGAAGGAGAGAGGCGAUGUCAGUGCUUGGCUGGGGAGUAUCAAUGAAAGAGAAAUGCCGAAUACCAAUUGGUACGUUCUGCUCUUGCUAGGUUUGAGUCAGAAAGGGCCUUAUGCUAACACAUACAGGCUGUGGUUCCGCGUCUUUGCCAACUUGGGGCUUAGAAAGAAUGGAGCGUCAUACUCGCUGGCUCGUAUUGAGGCUGAUAUGGAUCAUCUCGAUACGUUCCAUGUUGGAGGCGGUUGGAGCAACGAUGGACCGAAGAGGCAUCAUCAGAUGGAUUAUUACUCCGGUUCGUUCGCUAUUCAGUUCUUACAACUUUUGUACUCGAAGCUCGCGGGGGAUUUCGACCCAGAGCGAGCUGAGCGAUACCGCCAGCGUGCGAGGGAGUUUGCGCUGGAUUUCGUACACUAUUUUGACCCUGAUGGCAGCGCGAUCCCGUUCGGUCGCUCCAUGACCUAUCGCUUCGCCAUGGUUGGAUUCUGGGGAGCCCUCGGGUUCGCGGAUGUCGAAUGCCCAGGACCGUUAACCUGGGGUGUUGUGAGAGGGAUCCUCAUGCGUCAUUUCCGGUGGUGGUCUACAAAGAAGGAUAUCUUCAACAAUGAUGGUACCCUCAGUCUCGGGUACACCUACGCCAACAUGUAUCUGACAGAGAACUAUAACUCGCCGGGGUCACCUUACUGGUGUUGUCUCGCGUUUAUACCACUCGCGCUACCAGAAACGCAUCCAUUCUGGACCGCACAAGAAGAACCGUAUCCAUCUCUACCCGAGGUGGUUGCAUUGCAAUAUCCCAAGCAUAUUGCCAUCCGGAGAGGUGGACACUCGUUCAUCCUUUCGUCUGGUCAAGCAUGCCACUAUCCACUUAAAGCAACACAGGCUAAGUAUGGAAAAUUCGCCUACAGUUCUGCGUUUGGAUAUUCCGUUCCCACGGGUGGGUAUCAAUUGGAGCAGCAUGCCCCUGAUAGCAUGCUUGCUCUGUCAGAGGACGGAGAGAUCUGGCAGACCAGAAGGCUGGCUCUUGACGCACGCAUUGAGCAACGAGAUGGCCAGCCUGUUCUCUUUUCAGGCUGGAAACCAUGGCCAGAUGUUGAUGUCGAGACAAUCCUCAUUCCACCGACGGAAGAACAUGAAAAUUGGCAUUUACGUGCACACCGCGUUCGCACAGACCGUGACUUGCAGACCUCGGAAGGGGCAUUCGCUAUCUAUGGAUGUCGCAGUGAUAAUGGACGUAUCUUAGGGCCUAUGGUCGAUGGUGAAGGGACCGUGCAUGAUAAUCGAAGUGGACUGGUGGUGUCGUCGGCUGGUGCUGUGGGCAUUGUUGAACUUCACUCUACACUCGAACGUGUAGGAAGCAUUGUCCUGGCUGAUCCUAACUCGAACAUCAUCCAUGGCCGCACGCUUUUGCCGUCACUUUCGGUGGAAUUGAAGGCUGGUGAGGAUUGCUGGUUUGUGUCGGCUAUUUUUGCCAUGCCAGGACAGAAGGAUUGGAAAGCAUGGGAGAAGAGACCUACUCUUCCCCAAUGGCUGAGUGAGAUGAUUUCACCAUAG